UCUUACUUCUGCUUGCUGCUGCUAUUUCUUCCUUUUCUCAUUAAAGAAUCAAACCCUUGCUUUCUCUCUCUUUCUCUCUCUCUCUUUCUCUCGCCCUUCCCCCCUUUUUUUACAUGCGAAAAAGAGGUCUCUCCACAUUCGUUUUAGUCUCGUGUUAUUGUGCGUUGGUACUCGUAGCUGUAGCAACAGCAGGUCUGGCUCCAGCUCCCCCUAAUCAUCCUCCUCCCUCAUCACUACCACAAUUACAAUGUCGACAACAACAGCAACAACAACCUUUGUACGCCUCUUCGCCGAGUAGACUGCCUCUGUCAACACCGUCGCCCUUUCCUCUGCCCACGACGACGACGAGUGAUAGUGAUAGUGAUAAAGAUUCUCGUCCGAGCCGACCCACCACGGCCCCUGCUCGGCAACCACUGCCACUACAACAAACCCAUGCUAAAAGAGACGAUCCGGCCCGAUAUACAGGCGACAACGACGCUGACGAUACAGCAAUAACACUACUUGCACCACCGAAAAGCGAACAAGACAACCAAAGUGGUGAAUCGUCCAGUAACAAUUACAACAAGAAGCCUAGUGGCUCAACCACAACCACCAAUGCAGCUGGGAAAACAAUCAUUGUAAACAUUACUACAGUUGUCAUUGCACCCAGUCCUGAUCCGAACCGGGUUGUACACGACAAUGACACGUUUGCGCAACAGCAAGAUAAUUCCAAUGGGAAAAACCAUGAUAAUGGCAAUGUCGACGACCCGAAUAAAGACAAUGACACGAUUGCCGAACAAUUGGAACAAGACCAAGCGGCACUGAAACGCAUGGUGACCAUUUUGUCCGUUGUUGGUGGUGUUGGUGCGAUUGCGGUAGUUGCGACGAUUGUUAUCUUCACUCGGUUGCGCGUCAAGAAACGAAACCAACGAGAAUUGGAGCUUGAAGAGGCUGAAAUGCGAGACAAUAACAGUAGUAGUAACGACGAUUACAACAAUGACGAUGAUGAUGAUCACGCAACCGCGGCUAGCAACAGUAGGUCUCGACGACAACGGACCGAUUCAUCGGCAUCUUCUUUGACAUCAUCGAUUGACGCUUUGGCACAAGACGACGAUCCACGACGACAAAGACGAAGGCAACGGCGACGACCCAGUUUAUUACCAUCAUCAGCAUCAUCGUCAUCUCUGGUGGGUGCGCUGGAAGCAUCCGAAAGACCACAUCACAACGACGACGAUUUGCCGACCCCUUCAGCUCCUCCUGCGCCGCCGUUCCUUGCUUCAUUGGACCACCACCCGCGUCGACGGAACAUCAUUUCCAUGGUCGCAUCACAAAACGCGGCGCCCGCUCCUUCAGCCCCAACUGCCAAGGAAUUGGACGCGGCGGCUGAUCAUGCGCAUCAUGGUGACUCUCUUGUUUCUGCUGCUGUUGCUGCUGGUAGCAGUAGUAAUCACCGUCACCGUCGUCCGGAUGGUAAAUCCAAUGCUGCUGCAGUACACGACAGCAGUGACACUACUUCUCUUUCAAACCCUUCUCAUCAUCACCCUCUUCCUCCGCUUCGUCCUUCAAACUCAUCUUCAGCUGCUGCUGGUGCUGGUGCUGCUGCUGCUGCUGCAACAACAGCAGUACCAUGUUCGCAUUGUGAACAUCAUCACCUUCAUCAUCAUCAUCACCACCACCACCAUGCAUCUAUCGAUUCGCCAGAAUUACCUCCACCAGCAUAUACACCUAGCGCUCCCCCGUUAUAUGCGUUACCAGAAGCAAUGUUGCCAUCACGGAGACAUUCUCAAGGUUAAACCACCAUUACUCGGGGUCUACUGACGAUGUUUAUGUUAUGAUGGAAGUGGAAGGAGAGAGGGCGGAGGAAAAAAAAAGUUUAAUGUCUUUGUUUUAUAUUAUUGUCAUUACUAUUACCACAACGAAACAACCACUACUACUACUACUACUAGUACUUUUACACUGCUCAUUCACUAGU